AUGUCGUUCCGACGAGCCCUGGCCCCGCGCUCCAUUCACAUACGCAUUAUUCCCCGCCCAGCCAACCUCUCAGAGAGUCGGGAAAUCUACCGCGUGCUGCAGAAGUUUGGCGAACUCGAUACCUUCAAGUACCUGCGGUACGAAUACCAAAACCCCGCAGACAAUGUCGCUCUUGCCAUAUACCGCGACGAAAUGUCCGCCCAGCGCGCCCUUGACGCCUCGCCCCUCCGCUUCGCCCUGGAAAAAGUCGUUUCUCCAGCCACUACCCAUCCAACACAAUCCUCUUCGUCGCAAGAAGAAGAAGAGGAGGGCGGUGACCUAGACAACUACUCAAUUGAGCAAACACAACACACCAAAGGCAUCGACGAGAUCCUGCGCCCCUCGCAGCUCGCGAACCGCUCUUGGCAAUCCACACCCACGACCAAGCCACCUCCCAAACCAACUCCCAUGCCCUUCGAGUCCCAAGCGCCCUCUGCGAAACAAAUCAAGCAGUCCAAGUGGUUCCAAGUAACCAUAGAUCGUUCACGAACUGUGCAUCAAGAUUACAUCGAGCGUCAGCCCUUCUGGAAGCAGUUCAGCCCAAUGAGGACUAUUGCUCAAGAAGACCUGGCAAAGAUAGUACCACACCUAGGGCUGAGCGAUAUCAGCAAGCGUCCACCCAAUGCCCAUAGAACGCCCUUCCGGGUGCUCAAGAUUAUGAAUGACUAUGUAGAGACCAAAAUGCCGACACUGCGAGGAAUAUUCGAGGGCAGCGAAGCAGAUCGCGCAUUCGAACAAAGAAAACAAUCCAGCAAAUGA